AUGUCUACCCGCAGAGAGCCACGCCUUUUGAGUCUCGACGGUGGUGGGGCCAGAGGCUGGUCGCAGUUACUGCUAUUAGGUCACAUUACCUAUGGACUGGAGCAACGUCUAAACGGCAACGAAUCUGAGACUCUCUCGGCAGCCAACUUAUACCCUUGCCAAUAUUUUGAUAUCAUUGUUGGAAGUGGGACAGGUGGCAUUACCGCUUUGAUGAUUGGAAGACUAGGAAUGUCGAUAGAGCAGUGCUAUAACGCAUGGAAGGGACUCGAUGAAGUGUUCGAUUCACCCGACACCGAAGGAAAGCUCUUCGAUGCGCAAAAAUUGGAGCAGUGGGCCCAGGAUCUUGUCGAGGAAUACACUGGUGACGGGAACUCCCUGAUGUACGUCAACGGAGAACAGAAUCUAAACGGAAAGAGCUGUCACGUCGCGGUGACCAGCAUGCGAGCACAGAAUAUAGGCCACCCAGCACUCUUCCGCACGUAUAGAGUACGAGCUAAUGCAGAGGCCAAUUGCAUGAUCUGGGAAGCCAUCCGAGCGACAAUGGCCUCACCCAGCCUGUUCAAGUCAAUCUACAUCGGUCCAUCCUGGUCUAAACAAGAAUUCAUCAACGCAGAGCUUGGCGCAAACAAUCCGGUCAGCUACCUCAUUCGCGAAAAGGAGGCACUCUAUCGGCGAGAAGGUCACUAUCCACCACCGGACAUUGGCUGCAUCGUCAGUAUCGGGUGUGGAAAGGGAGAAGUCAUUUCUCUCAUCGAAGAGAAACAAUCCAAGGGUGUUUGGAGUUGGAUAUCUGGACGCGCGCAGUCGGAUCCAGAGCAAAAAGUACACGACGUGAUGCUCCGACUGGCAAAAGACUGCGAACGCAAACACCAAGAGAUCCAAAGUAGCUUCUCCAGAGACGACAGGAGAAUCUACUUCAGGGUCAAUACCCAGCACGGUAUGCAGUACAUCCAAGAGUCGGAUUGGGGGGAAAAUGCGCGAACAGCAAUUAGCGCUCAUGUCCAAUCAUUCCGGCAGCAUGCAGAAGAUGGAGAAGUCAUAGACGAUGUCAUAACCGAACUUGCCCGCCUGUCCCCUCUCCCAAAACCCACCGACCAGCCUGGCUCAGGAGGAUAUGGGGAAAAGGCGAGAUAUGUUGGAAGCAGCUACACAUAG